UUUCCUAUACUCUAUGAUUAAAAACAAUGAUAAGAAAAGAUGAAAUUUUUCAACGAUGAAAAUAAUAAAUAAUGAAUAAAAUGAAAAUUUUUACAAAAUCAGAUCAUUUAGACAUUUUUUAAGUCGAAUUGCUUCAAUCAAUCUGAUUUCGUUUUUCAAAAUAUUUCCAAUCAUUUCUUCGAGUUUUAUGAAAACUGAGAUGUGAAAAUUUCGAUCAAAAUUUGUUUCUAGUUCGGUGCUGUUUGAAUUUUAACAUGGGCUCGUGUGUUUCCUAUUUACUUCAUUGCUGCGGCAAACAAGAUGAUAAUUCUCAGUUUGGCGAAUCCGGUGAUAGAGCCCAACUUAUAGAUCCCAACAGUGAUAAUGUUACAAUUCAGAGGAUUCAAAGUGAGAAUUAUUACUGUAGAUAUCUAGAUAAUGGAUUUCCGAAGAAAUCGGAAGAACAUUCGGAUUUGAAUAAAAUUUUACAAGAAAUGGCUUCGAAUGUAAUAGAUGUAGCAUCAUUAGGAUCGUACAGUGUAGAACAACCAGAAUACCGGGAGCGUGGUAGUUAUUACCCUAGUAAAAUGAGAACAAUGCAACCAGAGUACAGAGAUCGCAUGAACUAUUACAUGAAUAAGGUGAAAUCCCUAUCUUUAACGAAAUCUUUCGCAAAAGUUCCCAAAAAUUGCAUUUUAUUAGACGUACCAAACGCUGAAAAAGUCUUCGCGUCACCAUGUAUCAUUUCCAGUGAUGAAAUACAAUCUAUCGAAUCUGUUAUGAAUGAAAUCGACAACAUGUUGGAAGAUAUGAACAUUGGUAGCUUCGACGAUCUAAUUAUACCGUUUCAAGUUGAAACGUAAAUCGUAUUCGUUUUUAGUCAACUGUGAUUUUGUUUAAUGUAUCAUAUUCGUAUUGCUCUCAUUAUGACCUCUUGUAGAUAUAUUUUUGCUUAUUUAGCAUUUUAAUGAUUUCGUGAUGUGCCAAAGGAUUUUUGGAUUUUUUUAUCUUCUUUUUUCUUUUUAAAACGAAGUAAUCGAUGUACAUAAUAUUUUUAUUUCGUUAUUUUCAAUCAUUUUUAUGCUAAAGCAUGUAUCUAUUGCUUACCUUUUGUAUUUAUUUCAGUUAUUAUUUUACGUAAGUUAUUAUACGUCAAGCACACAAAUUAAUUACCGGUAAGAUUUAUCGUAUCAUGUUUUGUUAACGUAUUUUCGAAUUGUCGCUAAUACAUUGUAAAAUAAAAUCAGUUACUCCAAUAAGACUGGAUUCAUUGACCUAUCAAGGAACAAAAUCAAAUUACUAUACAAACAAUGCAUUUCUUUGAGAUAUAGUAUUAGAAUAAUAGUUUACAUCGAAAGAAAAUUAUAGGUACAAUUCUGGUAUUACAAACAUAUUAUAAUGACAUAAUGUAAAUGUACAAAUGUGAAAAUUCCAGUGAGAUCUCACAACGAAACAAAAAAUUAAUCGAAAAAUAUACACGUUAACAUGUAAAAUUAUUAUAUCGUUUUACUUGCAUUCAAAACAAUAUUUUGAUUAGAAUGUAAGUUAUCUACACGAGUCAUCGGUGGUACAUGGAAAAAGUAUAACAUGAAGCCUACAGCCAAAAGUACAUGGAGUCCCAGAAAUACCAACAAUAAAAUGAAAUUCUUGUCUCCAAACGCUGGUCCGAUGGACUGAAUUAGAACGUAGCCAGAUAACGCAGCUCCGAUGAAAACCAACAUCCACUGAAUCCAAUUCACUUGUAUUACCCAUAAAAUGCUGAUCGGAAUAUAAACGGAUAGGGAAUAUCCGUACACGCACAUCAACUCGAGCAACGUAAGCUGAAACUGAACAGAUUGAGUUAGAAUAAGCUUAAAUAUGUUGGAAAUGAAUUAAAUGGAAUAAAUAGAAAAACUUACAUGCUCAUUGCCUUGAUAUUUCAACAGAGCCCAUAAAAUGAUCGGUACACACCAAGCGUAUAAAAAGAUAGUCAUAGCCGAAGAUGAUACAGCGUGAAAAUCGUAUUUCCAACGAUACUCCAUUUGUUGCGAUGCUGCUUGUAAAUAAUUAGCCAUAUUACCGCUAAUAGCGAUGGUAAAAACUAGAGUAACGCAGACCCAAAAAGGUCCAUACAGAUCGGGUUUCGAUUUAAUAUGAUGUUGCAAAUAAUUAAUGCCAGGUUUUGGUCGCAUACUGGCAAUUAUUCUUUCCACCACUGUAUCCGUAUCUACGUCGAAGAACUGCUGAAAAUAUUCCAAUGACCAAAGUGAGAGUUUCCGGUCGGUGGUCUCAUCCUUGAUGGUUGGUCCUUUCGUGUCUGCAUUAUAAGGUAACUUUGAUUCGGUUGGGGCGAAGUCUUGGAAUUUAAACGAUUCCUCUUGCGGAGAUGAAUCAAUAUCGAUUAAAAUCUGCUUGUCUGUGGCCAUUUUUAAAGUAAUUUAACGCGAAUUCAAAGUUAAUUACUAAAACGUCAUCACUGAGAUAACGAAUUUCUACGCAAUGAUCAGUCUGACGUGUUGA